AUGGCAUACAUUGGUGUAGUUUUCCUUGGAGUUUCCCUUGGAGUUUUCAUUUCGCUUGUUUCUGGUUUUGAGUUAUCAACCUCAUCACGUGUCACCGAAACUGGGCUUGACGCCAUUUCUGGGGGCGACAAAAACGAGUUAUUUGCAACCGAGGCUAAUGCUUCUAGGCCAGAUGAAUUUACAUCAUUUGCUGUUGACUAUGGUUAUCUAACAACUGUAACUAUUAAGGGGGACAAAAAAGAAUCAGAAACAGAAAAGAAAACCAAGGUUGUCCAAAACUGGGAGCAUCUGUCUGCGGCAGAGGCAUUUGCUGGGCUGUGGGGCCCAUAUUCAUUUGUUGUUGGCCACCAGAUGAUGAUAACACCUGAUUAUUUUUUUAAGACACGGGAAAUCAAUACAUUUGCUGCUGUACGUGAGCUGACAUCACUGGCUGCGCGAGUGACGGGCCUUGACCCGGCCCAGGCCUUUGAAUUGGCGGUGGAUGUAAUUGCUGAGGUGGCACUGCUUGAGGAUACUGAGGAUGAGGUGGCAUCCCCAUGUUUGAAUGUCCGCCUGUCUGAAACUGUGAGGGAGCCACCGGAACAAAUGGCGGCAGCGGUGGUGGUAGAACCACAGGUCGAAACUGAAAAAUACAAAAGCAUGCUUAUAACUUUCAAACGCCUAGGUUGA